GCGUGUGUGUGUUUUUGUUGGCUUCAUAAAAUAAAAGCUGAGCAGUUCUCUGCUGUUUCAUUUUCAUGGUCAGAUCCGGCUGUCCUGGCCCUGUGCCGGUGCCGGUGCGGGUUCAAAUAACGGUCCGUGUGUGAGAAGAAGCGCUUUGACUUGCAGGUCGGGUCAGAUGAUGCUGGGAGGGGCCGGCUGGACUGGUACCGGGACCGGACGCGCUGUGAAUGUGACGGGUUCGGACAGCACAGACACCACCGGGCGGUGGAGGCUGAUUGCUGCUGUUUCCGAGGAGGAGAAGAGGAGGAGGUGUGAUUCUGCGGGGACUCUCCGCCUCCUUCUUCUUCCCCACGCAGGGAGCGCGCUGCGCGGCUUGGAGAGGCGUGACGCGCCCGAACCGCAUCUCCAGGAUGGCAGGUCCUCCUGAGGGGCCUUCGGCUCUUUGUAGCGGGACCGCACCGCCGGUCCUUUGAGGACGAUGGACGCUGUGACCUCGCCAGGCCCCAGCUCCAGCACCAGGACCAGGAUGGAACGCAGAACCUCGGCCUGCAGACAAACACUAGGUGUGGUCCUGCUGGUGGCUGGCACAUUGGUUUCCAUGGUGACCUCAAGUUCACCUGCUGCAGUUGUGCUGGAAUUCAACAGAACGACUGAUUCUUCGUCACAUCCGUUAUCACCAUCAUCAUCCUCCACCUCUUCUAGACCCUCACCUCCCAGCCACCCCUCAGACUCUGGAUACCACAGUAACGGUGGUGGUGCAGGCUCAGCAGAGGACCCAGACUCUGGUGCUCAGGGGAUCCACCUCCUCCUGAGACCUCCAGACCUCCUGUCCCCCAGUCUACCUCCACCACUUCCCCCACAUAGCCAGCCCACCCUCACUCCUCCUCCCCCCUGGGAACAGGGGCCCUCACUGGAGGAGGCCUGGGGGUCUGGGGACUACCUGGAGACUCUGUCCUUCAUGGUACCUGAAGGUGACGAGAUGGCCCUCGCCACGCCACUGCCCAGCCACCCCUAUGAUGGGGACAAUGGGGGGGACUGGGUCUCUUAUGACACCUCCUUUCCUGCUCGCCCCACCCUCUCACUGUCAUCCAAACUUCCCCUCUCCCCCUCCUCCUCAACCCCCAACAUUCCCCUUCACACUCAGCCUGCCCAUCCGGAUGUCUUCCCCACCUGGGAUGAGGACUAUGACUUGGAGGACAUGAUCCCACUGGAGCCGACGGAGUUGCUGCUGCCUGACAUGAACAGUCUGGAGUACUACACAAACCUGUUGGCUCGGGAGAGGGAGAAGGAGAGGGAGAGGGAGAGGGAGAGGGAGAAGGAGAAGGAGAAGGAGAGGGAAAAGGUAAAUGAGAACGACUCCAAACCUGUCCUUACACCUACAGCAACACACACCCACCAUCCUCCUUCUACCCCAUCCUCGAGCCCCAUUGCUCCUCUAGGAUUGGAGCCUAAGCAUCCCCCAAGACAGCCCACACCUCCCCUCAUCCUUACACCUAUCCUCACAGGUGAGGAGAAGACACCUGCUCCAUCAGCCACCCCCAAGAUCCCUUCCACCCCUACUGCUCUUGCUCCAAAACACAAAGACUAUGUCUCGGUCCCAAGCAGGCACCCUUCCCGACCCCCGUCCAACACCACCAGCUGGGUGCCUCCCCCUCCACCGCUGGGACCCCCCACCCGCCCUGAGAGGCCAGAGAGGCCCACAGUGGUCACUGAGAUGCCAGCAAAGGCUCCUCCCACCAAGGCUGCAACCACUACUAAGGCUACCACGACAACAACCACCGCCAUCAUCACCACCACCCAAAUCACAGCCAUCAGCCUGACCAGAGCCCCUCCAGUCACCACACCCAGAGUGGCCCAGACACCACCCACCAGACAAUACCUGUGCAAUGUCACCAAGCCAGAAAUGUACCUGGUCAGAGUAGUCAGCUCCAAAGGCUCGUCUGCUGGUUUCAGUCAGGUCCGAGAUCUUCUGAAAAAAGACUUCAACCGCUCAGUGGAGCUGCAGUUCCUAAGAACUCCAUCCAGUUUUGCCUUUCGCGUUGUGUCGGGACCGCUGAUCUUCACUGCCAUGUCCGUCAUCAAUGCCCUCCGCCGACCGCCGCCACGCUUCGGCCCCAUUCCCACAGUUUCACCACUGUACACCAUACCUGACCUCAGGUAUCAGAUCCACUCUGUGCUGCAGUUUGUUCCCACUCAUGUUGACAUCCGAGUCUGCAACUUCAGUGAACGGGUGGAGAGAGGGCUCACCAUGGCGUACGCAGAGACACGGAAGAGAUUACAUGAGGGAGGGAACGCCACCGUACAGUUGCUGAACAUCACCAUAAGCGUGGCCCGGCCAGCGGUGGAGCAGAAGGUUCCCGUCGACAUCACGUUUGCGGUGCGGGAUGGCCGGGGCUACCUGCCGGGGUCAGAGGUCAGUGAACACCUGAGGAAGCUCAGCCUGGUGGAGUUCAGCUUCUACGUGGGAUUUCCUGCGCUGCAGAUCGCUGAACCCUUUCACUACCCUGAGCUCAACACUUCACACCACCUGCGCUCCACCUGGGUCCGUACAGUCCUGCUGGGAGUUCAGGAGCAGCUGGUGGCUGAGAGAAGCUUUAAGGCUCGUCUGGAGAGACGCCUGGCUCUGCUGUUGGAGGAGGGACUGCAGGAAACCAGUAGGAGGCGCUGGAAGAGAGCCACAGCAGUGGGCAACAACAGUCUACAGGUGGUGCGGGUCUCCAGGCUGUCAGGGGCAGAGCGCCCUCUGGAGGUCUUUUACUUUGUGGAGGGUCCCGGUGGAGAGAGGGUCCCUGCUGAGGUGACCGCCGCCACUCUGAACCGUGUGGACCUUCAAAGGGCCGCCAUUGUCCUUGGACACCGUGUGCAGAGACCGCUGGCCCAACCUGUGGAGACGAUCUCUGUCCCUCCAGCUGAGACUCAGAGCAGCAGCAUCUGGCUGAUUGUCGGUGUUGUUGUCCCGGUUGUACUGGCCGUCUUCAUCAUCAUCAUCCUGUACUGGAAGCUCUGCGGUUCCGAGAAGCUUGAGUUCCAGCCGGACGCCAUUAACACCAUCCAGCAGAGGCAAAAGCUUCAGGCUCCCAGCGUUAAAGGCUUCGACUUUGCAAAGCUUCACCUGGGUCAGCACAGUAAGGAUGACAUCAUGGUGAUCCAGGAGUCCGGUCCACUUCCUGCACCAGUAAAGGAAGCCACGCCCUCCGAUGGCGGAGACCUCAACACCCCCAAAUCCAAAGGAUCAUCCACCAAGGUGUCGCGGCCGAGCCGCCGCAGGGGGAGGCUCAGCCCAUCAGACGGCGACUCGUUAGGAAGCGACCAAUCGAGCGGCAGGGAGUCAGCAGAAGAAAGCACCCGACCUGUGGCCACACCCAGCGAGGGGAAACAGCACAGGAAGACACCCAAAAAUGGGAGGAGCAAAAUGGGUACGUUACCAUGCCAACACAUUACCACCUUCUCACACACCGAUCUCCAAUCCACAUUUCCUAUCAACACGUGAAGCAUUGCGAUGCUGCAGAGACAAGAGCUCAACCUUUAAAUUCACAGAUUAAACAAUAAUAAUAAUUAAUCUGUGACUGUGUCAAAUCGAUCCGUCUCCAGUAAUCACAGUACCAGCGACAACAAUACCUUAACUCAUAAAGGGAAGAACAGGUCCUGGUUUAUGAGGCGAGUCAUCAGCAGUAAGCUAAAUCUGAAUACUGAUCAUCACUAAAUGAUGGAGCGAAUUUUACUUUCCACUCUUACUUUAUUAACUUCUCUUUUUUCUUAUUCUUGUACACUUGGAAUAUACAUGCUUGUUGUCUAAAUGUUUAUAUUCAGACUUCUCUAUAGUUUGAAGGUUAUUUCUGGUAAAAUAAUUUCUCUGACAGUAACAAACACAACCCUGAGUAAUGCUGAAGAUCUGACCGCAGUUGUGGCUGAAGCAUCGCUGCCCCUCUGUCAGCCUCCUGGAUGUCCUCUGCAUGUGACCUCUGACCUCUGUGCUGGGGGUCUUGGUCUGUCUGAGGGAUUUCCCUCAUUCUCUCUUUGUUUCUUCUGCUGCUUAUUCUGGGAAAAAGUUUUUUUCUCCCACUUCAUCAUUAUCCUUAUCAUCGCCAUAUUCAUCUCCUUGUUGGUUGCUUGUCACUUUUUAUCCUUCUGCAGUAACUGCAGCUCUGCACACAUAAACACGUUUAUUUCUGCUGUAAAGCUUUAACAUGGAAGUCUAUGGGACUGACCUACUGACUGAAUGGGUUAAAUGCAGAGAGGGAUUUUCCCCACGGGGACCAAUAAAGUACACCUUCUUCUACUCGCUCUGCAAGCUUUCAGUAGAUGGUCACUGGUGAAAUGCAUCCUGGGAGUCUGAGCUUUCACUUCUCUGUUGGUCUUUAAGUCUCCUUUCACUUUUUUCUGUCCUCUGACCUCUC